GACACUUCAUUGGAUGAACCUGAGGGAGGACCUCGCACAGAUAUCUGACGACAUCUCCGUGGCGUUUGAGUCCCUGUCGGAGCUGGACGACUGGGCGGUCCAGCAAGUAGAGUCCACGGACUUCACUAUACGCUUCUAUGGAGUGGACAUUAAUGCAAUGAGACAACAGAUUGUGACUGAGCUUCGUGACUUGUUGAACGGACUCCUGGGCCCCAUACAAGAAGUCCACCGGAUUCCUAACAUCUUCCUCUCUGCGUACAACGAGACUGUGGACCUCAUCAAAUCCAUCAAAGACGGCUACAAUGGAAUCAAAACCGGUUACGACGAAGCUAAGUCCCUGAUUGAGCAAAUCUUCGGAGCCAAAGCUGACCAAGAUUUUCCCAGAAAGUACCUGGAGUCGGCCGCAUGCGGGGAUGGCUUCUACCCGAGCACUGGUCUAGGGCGUUACGCUCAACAAGGGGUGCUGCUAGAGGCAGCCGCCGGGCAACAAAUCGGCGCCCCCUUUUCAGGCAUCAUAAGGAGGUCGGGCAGCAACCAAGUGACCAUAACGACGGAUUCUAUGGAAAAACUGGAAGUCAUCAUUGACAAUAUAAACUUCCUCCCCGAAAAAGAGAUGAAACGGGUCUUCAAAGGAACUCUCAUUGGUACAGUGUCCUCCUCCAGCUGUCAGCCUAACCACAUCCACCUGGCCAUCAGAAACACGCAGUCCGGAGGUUUAGUGGAUCCGACACGCUUCACGGAGAAGAGAGACAUGGUGGUCCCAGGCUGGCGACAAGAAUGCGGCGACUGGAACCUAGAAUUCUUUGAUUAUGGAAAACGCCAGUUCGUUGUCGUAUCGACCGGAAACUUUGGAGGCUCCAGAGAAGAAGACACCUCCCCGGCACGAAUCUUACCAGACAUUUCCGACCUGGAUCAAGCGUUUCGCCAGAUCCAUGAAGUAAAGAAAAGGGACGUGGGGCAAUGGUUUGACCAAGCAAAGGGUUUUGUCAGUAGCUUGAAUCUUCCCGACUUGAAGGAGAUCGUCUCCCUGUUGGACUUUGACUUCCGAAGUCUGCAACUCUCCAAAGUGUUGGAGUUCAUGGUGUUGUCUGGACUGGCGGAUGCCAAGGCCAGGCUUGAACGGACAGUAGAGCGUCUUCUGGAGUCGCUUCACCUAGAAAAGACGUCCUGCCCUGUACCGGAGACACUCGAUGACGCAGCGCUGAGGAGAAUUCUGCGUGACGGAGGGAACCCUGCCACUGGUUCCAGAGCCACCCUGCUCAACAACUACAGGAAACCAGAAAACCGAUGUCCCGACUUGAGACAACAUCUUCCUCAGAACAUGCGCUGUUUCUUCGAGGACAACUGUCUGGGCGUGACGUGCUGUGUCGACCUAAAUCUUGUCUUCACCAGGCGGUCCCUCAGUGCCUUCGCAAUAAUUGACCCUUGUAGUAACCAGCUGACGCUAGGUUUGGGGUUAUGGAGGAAGACCUUUGAUAUCAUCGACCCCUCCUUUGCGGCAGAAGAUGCUGGACAUGCAGAAGAAAACCUACAGAUUCUCGACAUUGCACAAGUGAUCUUCAAGUACAAAAUUGUCGCUAUUCCAGGUGGAGUUGAGCUCACCUUCCAAGUGACGCUGUGUUCAGUGCUGGAUAACCUGUGCCUCCCCUAUGUGAGCGUCUUCAGCAGGACCAGACUUCAGCUGGGAGUUUGCCAAGCCUCAGCGUUGACACCGUCUGGAAGGAGAAAGAGAAGCAUUGCUGAUAUGGGGCAGUUGUUAUUAGGCGACAUUGAGAGGCUAAUAGACGACGCUAAUAUGAUAGCUGAUGACGUCACUGAGGUCAUAAGGGAACUACGAACGCUUUAUCGUGACAUAGCCAUUGCAGCUAUUGACAACGCCCUGCAUCAGGUCUUCAAAGACCAGUUCACAUCUCUGGAUAAGAAGCUGUCAUUUACAAUUCCAAUCGGGCCAUACAACGUGGAUUUCUUCCGGUACCAAGUCCCCUUCAUACUUGGACCGAUUGUCAUGAUUUUUGGGUGGGGAGGUGGUGGAAGCUAUGGCGUGACGUUCACUACAGACGUUCGAAUACUGUCAAUGCAGGCUGAUGUAACAGUGACUCCCUCCGUAGGCUGCCAAGUCUGGGGUAGCCUCACUGUAUGGCUCGGUCUUUUUGAGGGGAGGCUCCAAAUCACAGGAUACGUCAUGACCACGUCAUUUCCGUGCAAGGCGGAACUACAGUUCACCAAGUUCCCGUUGGACGUGGGGAUCCGAAUGGACAUGAACUUGGUUCCCCUGAGGCUGGAGCUCCGUGGUAUCCUGGAGCUGACGAUACCCCUGCCGUUCAAAACCAUCACGAAAACCCUGAUCAACAAACUCCUCUGGCAAUACGCCACCCCGACCAUCCACGCCACGAUAUUCGCCAUCAACUCGGAUGAACCGGACACAUCUCCCCCUGAUUUCAAAGUCUAUUCUUCGCCGUUCGAAAACGGCGUGGCCAGGCGAGCAGCCCAGACGACCAACUGCAUCGUGAAGCAGCAGUACGGACGGGACUACACGGAGCCGGCCUUCCUGCUGGAACUGGCCGUGGAUGACGACAGGAGCGAGGUGGAUCUCACCUACUCUGUCGGCGUCACCAGGGGAGGCAGCGACCAGGUGUUGGAUCAACCGCUGGGAGGCUUCACAACAAUAGUGGCACAGAUUUUACGAGGAGGAGUGCCUCUCUACUUCACCGUGACGGCCACCAACUCGGCCCAGCAGACCGCCCUGGCCACGUGUGAGCUGCCGACAUAUGACGUCACGCUGCCAGGGGGCAGGGUCACUCCCGACUUCAUCUCCACCAGCCAUCCCGGGAUCCUUCGCGCGUCAGCUGUCGCCUUGGACGAUUCAGCUCUAGUUAACCAAAAGGAAGCGGUGGGAUACGGACGGAAGGUGUACGGUGACCAAGUCGUCCCCUGGAAGAACAUCAACAUCACCAAAAUCCACGUGGAAAUCAGCAUCGGGCAUGAUCCACACGACACCCGCAAUCUGGAGUACUUUGCAGCGCCGCGUCUUGGGAGAGUGUUGUCUAAGCCUCACCACGUGGCUCACUACCCCUACGCACAGAAGUGUGCCCGGGACUGCCUGGCUCUACCUGCUACAAAGUGCCUCAGCUUUAAUUACGACUACAGCGAUAACGGGCGCUGUGAACUACUGGAGGAGAUAGAGGGACAUGGUGUCGUCAUGUACACGGACGGUAUUUUCCACAACUUUGAACGUCUCGGGAUCGGCCACGCUGUGGAGGUAGCCCACGAGGAUCUGGAACUGAUACACGAUCACCUGUACUACUACAACCUGUUCCUAAACAACACUGUGGGCUACACGAACAUCCUGACGUCUCCGGCGGUGAUAGCCGACUUCGUCCCGCCGUCUCCCGGGCCGCUGGCGAACGUGAGUCAUGACGUCACGGCUGCGGAGGUGUGUGAGGAGUUAGUACCUGACGAGUGGGAGGACAGGUGUGUGGAGCAGACACCUCUACCCAACCACAGGGCUAUAAUAGACGGAGAGGGGUCCCGGACUGUGUUUAACGGAAACAAGCCUCUGGAGGACCUGCGCUAUUUCCGGCCGAACACUUACGUCACAGCGAAUUGGGACGGUUACCAUGACAACGAGACUGGUAUUUUCGGGUACACGUGGACAGUGGGGACGUAUCAUUGCCUGGAUGACGUCCAUCCGCACAAGGACCCACACUCACAUCUGUACGGGGAGAACGAGUGGACACAUCAGGGGCUAGCAUACCCUCUGGACCUGGAGGAUGGUUACUACCACGUGUCCGUGCGUGCCUUGAACAAGGUAGAAUUCGGAGGCCCCCUAGCGACCACCGUGUGUCAUAGCAGCCCCUACGUCAUCGACACUACGCCUCCGUACGUCAAUCACGUCAGGCUCAUCAGCUACGACGAGAACACCUACGAACUCAUUGUUGAGUACAACGUCAGUGACCCUCUGUCCAACAUCCGGGAGGUUGACAUCGGGCUGGGGAAGAGCGCCAGGGACGUGUUCAUCAAGGACUGGCAUCGCCAUGACAACCUGACCCACGUGACCAUGUACUUCCGCAUUCCAGACGGCAUUCCAACAUGGGUCAAAGUUAGAGCCAUCAACAACGUCGACCUGAGGACAGCCGCUCAUGCCCCCAGACCGCUGAUCGUGGACACGACGCCGCCCGUCCCGGGUACCGUGCAUGACGGGGAGGCGUACAGCAGGGACCGGGCUUUCCAGGCUGACGGCACCCGGGUCUGCGCCAGCUGGAAGGAUUUCCAUGACGAGGAGAGUGGAAUUGGUUUUUACUUGUGGGGAGUGGGAACGGCAACAGAUGUAGACGACAUGGUGCAGUUUCAUGAGCUCCCCCACACCCAACACGCGGCCUGUGCCGAGCUGAACCAGACCCUCCAGCACGGCGUGACGUACUACAGCACACUGGUCGCCUUCAACUUGGGACAUGCCAUGAAGAACGUGUCUGUUUCCAGCGAUGGAGUGAUGUACGACGCCACCCCGCCGGAGGAGGGUUGGGUAAAGGACGGCCUUGAUCCUAACCAUGACGUCACGUACUCGUCUGAGACCGCGACCGUCAGCGCGCUCUGGGAUGACUUCCGGGAUCCAGAGUCCGACAUUUCUGACUAUGAAGUUACAGUGUGGAGAAAACAUUCUAACAAUGAUAACAGCAGUGCCGAUACUGCUCCUCACGUGAUCCACGAAGCGACCUCUGUGGGGAAGGAAGCGCACAGCAUCAACUGGCACCACUUCCACCUGCACGACGGAGAUUUCGUGUACGUUGUUGUGAACGCCUCGAAUGGAGCUGGAAGCGUUGUGGUGACAGAGUCGGACGGGUACACAAUGGACACUACCGCUCCUCUUAUGCGUUUCAUUGGAGAUGGUAGCCAGACAGGGACGGACCUUCGAUACUCGGCCAGCAUAACAGAUCUGUCCGUAAAUUGGGAUUUCGAAGAUCCCGAGUCAGGAAUCGACCACUACAAACUUGCUGUGUUCCAGUACCAUGGAGGAAGUCGUCAGCAGAUCUACCCGGCACAGAAGAACGACUGGGUGAUUGUUGAAGGCAGUGCCGCCGGAUGGACCAACAGCGACCCGCUGAGUCUUGUACCAGGCGCGCGGUACAGUGUGCGGGUGUCUGCUGUUAACGGGGCCGGACUGACGACUACGCAUGACACGGACGGCGUCAUCGUGGAUCCUACUCCACCAUCGAACCUGCACGUUGCCGUUGAUGUGAUGCCUGAUGAGCUGGAGGAGCUGUACGAUGGGUACGUUCUGCACACCGACCUGUCCGCCAUCUUGGUGUCCUGGCGGGCCACUGACGGAGAGAGCAAGGUCACCGCGUACUGGGCUGCUGUGGGGACGUCACCAGGCGACACGGACGUAAUGCCGUUCGAAAAUAUGGGACCUGAUGAAAGCGCCUACAUCAACAACCUGCAGCUGCAACUCUAUGACGAAGCCACCGGAUCUCCUGUGUACUAUGUGACAGUAAAGGCCCAGAAUGGAGCUGGUGCAUUUUCCACUGUAGUUGUUUCAAGUCCCAUUAAGGUCGUCCCCGGUGACAAGACGGGAGUGGUGGUGGACGGCCCGCGCAUGGCGGACAGUGAGGACGAUGACGUAGCAACAAUAGAUGUCGACUAUCAACUAUACACGGGCACUGUCACUGUGCGCUUCAAGGGGUUCGAGAGCGCCAGGCAUGGCAUCGUGCACUACGAGUGGGCGAUCGGCACUGCAGCGCUCUGGGAUGACGUCCAGCCCUACUCAUCGGCAGGCAUCGUGACGUAUAAUGACAACGCAAACGUGGAAGGAAUUGGCGGUGAAGGCCACGCACAAUCCCUGCUGCCCCUCCAGCCAGGCCAGCUCUACUACACCACCGUGCGGGCCAUCACAGGCGCCGGGAACGUGCUAGAGUCGGCAUCAGACGGCUUCACUGUAGACGUCACACCUCCUCACGUCGACUUCCUCGGUUUCGGUGUCACGUCAGAGGAUGAAGAGUACGCCUUCGGGCCAGACGUGUCCCUUUACCAGCUGUCAGCGGACUACAUCACAGCGGAGUGGGGGUAUACAGAGGAGGAGAGUGACGUGGUGUUCGCUACUUUUAAGUACGGGACGUUCCCCGGCAGCCACGACGUGUAUAACCGGACUGUGACGAGUCAGAGGACGUCUGUGCCGAACGGACUUGUGCAUCCCUCGUCACAGGGGCGGCCCAACAUUCUCAGCCUUACAGCAAUAAACUCAGUCGGCCUCCGCACUGUCACCCAUUCCGCGAGUCUGACCGUGGACUCCACCCCACCCGUGGCUGGUCACGUCAUCUGCCCGCGUCACAUCCCGGGGACGGACGAGUUACAGUGUACCUGGUACGGCUUCCGGGACGACCAGAGCUUCAUCGACCACUUCCUGUUCGGGGUCGGCACGGAGGAGGGGGACGACUCCGUCUUUCCGUUCACAAGACUGUCGGGAACAGCUGACAGGUUCAAGGCAAAAGGUUUCGCAGGGCAAUUUUUACGUCACCAGGAAAGCUACUACGCCACAGUAAUCGCCUACAGCGCUGUAGGAGGGAAGACAUCAGCCUACUCUGAGGCAAUCGUCAUCGACGACACGCCGCCUGUUCCCGGGACCGUGGUGGAACUGGACAGUAUCUACCACGCUGAUUUACUGGGAGAUGACUCAGAUGGCAAAGGAAAGUGCUACAACACAGAAGACUGCCAGGAGAUGGAUGCAGUGUGUCAGGCUUCUGUCACUCAAGUUGCCGUUGCCUGGCAACCAUUCAUGGACCCAGAGACACCAAUAACCAGGUACGAAGUCGCGGUGGGUACUGUACGCGGAGGGGCAGACCUGCGCAGCUUCCGACAAGUUCCCGAUCCUGACACCUGUUUCUUUGUUGUGAACAACUUGGACCUGUCCGACAUUAGACAGGUCUUUGUAACAGUGAGAGGGCACAACGCGGCAGGGCUGUCCAGUGUAGCCGUGUCUAACGGUGUUUACAUCAGUAAAAUCAGUGCAGGGUUACCUCCUCUCAAGCCGCUUGUUGUAAACGAUGGGGACUACGGUCGAGGCGACGUAGACUACCAGAGCCACAACGACGAGAUCAGCGCGCACUGGGACCUCAGCGGCGACCCCUGUCCCUCCGUGCGGACGGAGUGGUCUGUGGUCAGGCUGGACGGGCUGGAGAUCUGGCCACUUACCGAGUUGUCUCCAGGUGCUGACCGUGCCACCUUGGACGAGUUCAACCUCCUUGACGGUGAGACGUACUACACCGUUGUCAGGGCAACCAACCAGCUGGGCUACAGCUACUCCGUCAGGUCUGAUGGCGUCACAGUCAAGCUGGAGCCACUCGUUCCCGGGGUAGUGUGGGACGGUCCUAUCAUAGGGUUCGACCUGUCAUAUCAACAGUCCGUAACAACGCUAUCGGCCAACUGGGACAGUUUCGGGAAGGAGUACGGCCUCGGGAACGACGCUGCAAUUAACGGGGAGGCUGUUGAGAUUGGAGACCACCAAAUCAUAGACCAUUACGAAGUAGCAGUGGGGACAGACAGACGGUACCCAAGCACCCGAACUAACAUCCGUCCGUUCGUCAAUGUCGGGCGGAACAAGACCGUCACUUUUGAGUACCUCCAGCUCAUCCCGAGGACAGGCAUUUACUACGUCACUGUCAGGGCUGUCAGUCUUGCCUCAUCCACGACGGAAGUGACGUCAAACGGUAUCCGGGUGGGAUUCGGCGGUGACAUCAUAUCUCAUGGGGAGGUACAAAUACCAAGAUAUAUCUCUUCCAACGCAAAUAUCACGGUGGCCUGGAGUGAUUUUGAAUUCACCAUGCCCAUUCUCCUGUACCAGUGGGGCAUAACAUCCAACCGGACAAAAUUGGAGGAUAUGGACUGUCUAGACUUGCAAAACUUUGGCAAAGAGGGGUACUCCGUGAUCAGUGAGGAACACGCCCAUUUAUUUGACGUCUACCCUCUGACGAAAGUGGGCAGGGACACCAUGGCUCAGUACGAAGGGCUGGAGUUACAACAUGGCCAGACGUAUCACGUGGUUGUCGUGGCAACUGACGAGGCUGCGCAGUGCGCCAUGGCCCUGGCUGACGUCACCAUUGACACCAGCCCCCCGGUAGAAGGACGUGUGUUUGUCGGAUCACCCGCAGACAUGAACGUCAUGUACACAGCUUUGUCUGACCGGAUGGAAGUACUAUGGGAUGGUUACCAUGACAAUACGAGUGGCAUAGCCCAGUUUGAAGUCGCCUUGCUGUCGGGUGGUGACUGCCUGUUACAUGACAAAGACCGACUUACUGUUGAAGUGGAUUUCGUUCCCGUCGCCUCCAACCAGUCAUCCUACAUGUUUGUAGGCAUUGACUUGAAGGCCGACACCCCAUACUACAUAACCUUCCGUGCCAUCAACCGAGCAGACCUGGUGACGGAGUCCACCACCCCGCCCAUCCUACUGGACCGGCUGGACCCGGCCGCUGGGGACGUUAAGGACGGACUCGACUUUAAAAGCGACGCGACUCACCAGAGCUCCUUGACAGAAAUGAAAGGUGUGAUUUUACACCAUCCUAACCCGGUGGGGGACCCUUGCCCCAAAAGGACAUUUUCUAUGAACGAAAUGUACGACAGCUGGUCAGCUUUACAGACGACGGGGCUGCGGGGAGUGACGGGAGAAAGACGGAUUAUAUUUGACGCUGAACACAUUUCGUUUGACGAAGACGAGGGUCUGUCAGUCCGCCUGACACGUGAUAUUGAGUACGAGAGGAUGAUGUCAGGAGCCUACUCUACUGAAGUGGAUGGAAGCAUAACGGGGCAGUACGAGAUGGACAUUAUCGCUGCCAGUGGCGAGCUCCAGGCUGUCACCAGUGUCGUGUUUUGGGACGGACCGGAGGGCGUGGUCGGAGAUCACAAUGAAAUGAGCCUUGAACAAAAGGAAGUCCUUUUCCCCAGCAGCAGUGGGAACUGCAGCUGUUGCCAGCCAGGGAGUGACAGUACAGGAACUAAUGGCAACGUUACAUCUACCAAUGUAACAAGCGAUUGUAACUGUACUUGUACCAGCCCUUCAAGUGAACCAAACACUUCAACUGAAGAACCGACGAGUACGACUGAGUCUCCCCCAGAAUGGACAAUUGAGAAGGAUGAAACGGAAGACGAACCCAACUCAAAUUCCCCAUAUGCAUCGUGUGGGCUACAGAUUCAUCCAGGAAAUGCAGACAAGCCCAGCUACAUCGGGCUGUGGUGUCGGUUUGCCAACGGGACCCAGUCAGAACAGGGAGAAACUGCGAAGCUGGACUUCGACCCGUCAGCUGCCUGGCACAAGUACACCUUACAGUUCAUGGAGGAAAAGAUCUUUGCAACCAAGGUGGACAGAUCCAUACGAUUGUACAUCGACGGCCAGUUUAAGGCAGUUCUGACCGGAAUCCCCACCUUAAGCCCGACAACCAAGCUGAUUCUCAGCACCUGGAACAGGCAUGACUGGAUUCCCGAGCUGGUGGACCCGUUCGAACCACCAACAACGACCGCCUUAUUCCGUUCUGUUAGUCUCCCACCAGUUGCCGCUAGCUUGUGUUUACACGGGAAACCAUUCCGGAAUGGCGACCAGGCGGUAGUGCGGUUCGAGGCCGGCGUUGGUUCAGCUAAACUGCUGGACGAUAUUGCAUCAUUCAGAGAGGUUGCUAAGCCGUGUAUCCCGUGCUAUGCCCGGUGUGAUGUACUGGGUUGUGAUCCUGAUUGUGACGAAGACCAGACGUACGUACACCAGGUCCAUCUCACAGGGUUAGACCUGCCGCCACUGGUAUCUGUACCAGACUCCAACACUACUGUACAGGCUGUGUACUACCUCACUGUCAGGGCGGUUGCCGGUUCUGGUAGGGCAGCCAUUGCGUCGUCUAACGGGAUCUACAUCGACGUGACGCCGCCGGUCAUAGAGAACCUGUUCCACGUGGAUCUGUCCUGGUCACCGGACGAGCCCACUAGCUACCAGGGGGACAACAGCACCAUUGCUGUGUACUGGGAGGCCUACGAUAAAGAGAGCGAGGUAGUGGAGUGUCAAUGGGCAGUCGGCACAAGCCCAGGACAAACGGACGUCCAAAACUUCACAUCCGUUGGACCAGAUCAAAACUUAGUCUACAACGACAAGUUAGAUGGAAAGCUUAGCAAUAAACAGACCUAUUACGUCACUGUAAGGCUGGUCAACGGUGCUGGACUGGUCAGCGAGGAAACUACAAGCGGAGUAACGGUGCUGCUUGACCCCCCGGACACCAGUAGCAGCAACACCACAACAUCCUGUGAACAGACUGUGGAGAAAGGUUCCGCAUUACGAGGCGAAGGUGUGGACCUGUGUGGUGAUCAGGAGAAGAUUGACAUUACCUGGACCAGGGUAGAGGACGACUCUGUCAACAAUUACGUGUUCAGUGUGGGGACGUCAGCGGACAGCCCUGAUGACGUCAUCCCGCAGACACAGGUGGGGUAUAACGAGUCCGGCUGGGUGCACGUGAUCGAGAGGGAACUGUCGUUUGGGAGGUCAAAGGUCAACAUUUCGGACCUGCGCAGUCGUACAGAUGAACCAAGCGUCAAGACACAUCAUACAUUUCAUGUAGAACCUGGAAGGACAUUGUUCACAAGAUUGACUGCUUGUCAUGCCGGACAUAAGUGUGCGGAUAUCGCCGUGAAGAAACGAACGAUAUUGAGGGCCCAGGAUAAGCUGCUGACUUUCAAUAAUGUCUCUACGGAUGGCAUAGCGUUGGUACUUGGGGACGGCUCUGAGAACUCGUCCGUCAUCAUAGCAAAAUCUCAAGGACAAGACAUCAGUGUGUUUAAGCCCGAAGCUGUCGGAGCCGGUAUCCUGACUGAUCAUGACGUUUCCAUGACGUACACUUCCAAUACAGCUUUCAUCUCCAACCCUGCAUUUACCAUGCACCAGACGGACAGAUUCCUCAAAAACAGGGUUCGAAGAAUGUACGGUCAAUCGUUCUUCGUGUCGUCCAUCGGCGGUGAUGAAGUCGAUGCGCCGCUAACAGUCUCCGCUACUGUAGAUGACUCAGCACUGCGGAGGAAUGAGGUACCCAGGGUGGUGUUUUGGGACCCAGGGUCUGAAAUUUGGAGAGAUGUCCAUGGCACCUGUACAGACAGUCCUGGAACAGUGGAGAACAACCGGCAUGAGGGACUUGUCACUGCACAGCUUUGUUCCACCACGGCAGCACCAGGCCGUCUGACCAGGCGUAGUGAGCAGCGUUACUUCUCGGGCGCAUCACAGUUUGCUGUCGUCAUCAUCAAUGGUACUUUUCAAAACGGACCACCCGUGCUGCUGUCUCCACUGCGCAUGUCCAUGGGCGAGGAUGAGGGAAUUCUAAUCACCCAGCUCGUCGCCGAAGACCCGGAGGAUGACGAUCUGGUCUUCCAGCUAAACGAGCAACUGCAGGACUCAGGUGAUCUUGUUGAAUUGGACAAACACGGCACGCUGCGGUACAGACCAGCCCUGGACUUCUCGGGCUCCAGAAAAAUCCCUAUAAUCAUCUCCGAGUCGCGUGUGGACAGCAAUCCUCUACUCUCCACCACCCUGACCAUCGUCAUAGAUGUAGGGGACGCAAACGACACCCCGAAGCCGUUUUUGGUCUACGGGGGAGAAGAAAAACUCCAGGGAGCGGGAAUCAUCCACCUGACUGUGGAGGAAAACCAUCCUGAGAAUGUCGACUUCGAGGUGUUGAGGUUUGUGGCCGGAUCCUUCGACGUUGACGCCCACGAUGCGGUGACGCUGCGCAUCAAGGCACCUUCAAAUGGUACCAUUGAGGUCGGCAAGCAUGUGAAGGAAAUCACGUUCAAAGAGCCAAACUGUACCAUAUCUGUGGAAGCAAAGAUAAGAGAAUGGGCGGAUGUCUUCAACAAGUCUUGGGCGGGUCCUGCUAUCCCCUAUCCAUGCGGGAUAGUACUUCCGCACCCACCAGACAUCAUGAACUGGGCCGUUACCGCUGUAACAUACACCCCCGACCAACACUACUUCGGCGAAGACAUGGUAAAAUUCUACGCAGAAGAUGCAUUCGGAGCAAGGUCCAAACUCGUGACGGUUGUCAUCCACGUCUUGGAGAACCCUUGCAGGAACGGCGGAUGGUGCGUUGGGCCUGAAAGCGAUCCUGAUUGUCAAGACCAGUCGCGCAGUGACGGGUUCGACGACUACAUGUGCAACUGCACGGCGGGCUUCGAGGGAAGGUACUGCGAGAUCAACCCCAACGACUGCGUGCCCGACCCGUGUCCGACGAACUACACCUGCAUCGACCAGGUAAACGGUUAUGUCUGCCACUGCGAGCCCGGCUGGCCCUGUAACGGCAUGACGCUGGGGGAGAUCGUGGGCAUCACAGUCGGCUGUCUGGCAGCGCUGAUCAUCAUCAUCGUCAUCUUUAAGAAGAGACAGAACGAGGCACGUAAAGUCAGCCAAAGCCCGACAGGAAGCCAGGUUGAACUCCAUGACUUGUCCAAGCCAGGUGGAUUAGUGGUGCCACCUGCGAUCCGCAACCCAGCUUACAAAACCAUGAACGUCACCGACGGAAGGAUGAACUUCCACAAGGUGAAGAAGGUCUGGGACCAGGAGGUGGAGGAGGUGGAGUUCCAUCACGUGGAACAUCAGGAAGCAGCGCCUAACAGCAAGGCGGCUCAAGGCAAAAGUGCUCAGGAUGACACGGAUGUGUCCGGGUCUUUUGUCAGCCUGCCCGGGAGUGUGAUGUCAGAUACCAGCACCUGAGAGGCUGAAACAGACCUCUAAGGAUUUUUUUUGCCUUUUUGUCAAAUGAUUAAAGAUUCGUGACUCGCAGGUUUAAUACAGUGAUUUGCUUUUUUGCUAAAGUUUGUAACACAUAAUGCCGAUAAACAACGAAGAAGACGCUAGUAAUUGUGGCAAUUUGCCUGUGUAUCAGUUAUUUCAUAGUAUAGCAAACGUGAUUUAAUAUGUUUGUGCAGUCCUUUUUUCUUCUAUAAAUCCGGAACCGUAAAAUACGUAACGUUACCUUCUUUAUCACCGACACAUCGGUUUGUUAGUGGACUUUGUCCCAACAGAACAGCUCUACAGCUCUUCGUGUAAUGAUUUCUAUCCUCUUAAGCAGCAAAUGUUAGUAAACCAAUAUGCAACAUCAGCAGUUAGUGGAAUAACACAUCUGUAGUUAGAUGCAAACUUUUAGAAAGCUUCAAACAAUGCCCUGCAGUUAUAAUAGUGUUUUAGACUGUGUAUCCAAUUCUGAAUAAAUCAUUGCUUUGGCGUGUCA